CAAUAAUAUUACAGAUGUGGAAAAAUAUAGAAACUUUAAACUUUAAAGAGAAAGUGUUGGGCGAGUUAAAAAGCAACUGAUGAAAAAGGCGAUGAGAAGAGAAAUUGAACAUAAUGUUAAAUUAACAUUGAGAUGCUGAGUGACACUUUCCCAUUAUUUUUUGUUUUAUCUCAGGAAUAUCCAAACCAGUUCUUUAGGCAACCAGGGUGCUUACAUGACAUAUUGUCACUUGUAUCUUGUAUACCAGAGUCCUUGUUUUUGCUUUGUUCAUUCAAGCAAUUUGUUAAGAUGGGCCGGUGCCCACUGGUCCUGAUUGUGUCUUAUAGUCUCAGCGGGGACAAGAACUCCAGACUUCUCUUUAGAGAUGUUCUGCAUGAACUUGAAAUUCAUAACAUUAGACAGUUGUCUGGAGAGAAGACUCUGGGCUUCCAAGAAAGGCAAACCUGCAUCAAAACCCAGCGAAAGGGCAAAGGGGAGGAGCAAUUCUUCAAAAUCAACAGACACGCAGGAUGAAAGUCCAGCUUUUGGAGGGAAAGAUGCUUCACUUUUCCUGUUCAGAGCUUUAGGGAAAAUCCUCUACUGCAAACGUGAAAGCUAUGAAAACACUCAAGCACCCAAGCUUCCUUCACAUUUAACAGAUCAUCAAAGGGACAAACUACUUGUUGAUCCAGAACUUGUCAUUGAGCGUUCCCAUAUGUCUGGUGAAUUCUUCAACCUCUACCUGCACCAGAACUACCCUGACUUCUUUUCUGAUGUAGAGGAUAUAGCAAAAGCCAGCGAGUACCUCUCUGAUGCAGACUUCCUGACAGCAGAGUGGAGCUCAAGGUCGACCAUGUUGGAAUAUGGCUCAUCGGUGGCCACUAGAGGCCUUAUGCACUCAAACUCUUCUCGAGCACAAGCCAGCAGCCAGUCCACUGUUGGAUUCAGGCCUUUUCAUAAACCACAUUGGCUACACAUAAACAAGAUGUAUAGAGAGAAUUUCCUGACUGCUCAGUCGCUCUUCUUACAUUUCUGCCUUACUCCUGUGUGCCUCCUGACAGAACUGGUGCCUUAUCUUGCAAAGCUCACCAACCCAAUGAGAAAUAAAGCUCAAAUAGCCUUCAUUCAGAAUGUUGGCCAUCUUUCUCAAAAGAGGCUUCCUGAAAGGCUGAGACUCGGAGCACUUAAUGACAAAACCUUGGCGUUCUGGAUGCUGACAGUGAACAUGAAGAUUCUUCUACUGCUCAGUCCCUGACCCAGAAUCUGCACGAGGAAAUGCCACAACUGAGCCCAGCUUGCCAAAUAACCAGGAUCCUUCUGGGGAACUUUCUGGCAGCCAGCUUCAGCCCACAACCCUUUUGAAUGAGGAAGACCUGUUAAUUGAGGAAUAUGACAGUGAUUGACUGUUCACAUGGACAUGUUUAAUAUCACUUGCCCAGAUGCAGUUGUUGUACUGUUAGGUUAUAGUUUUUUACUUUGUUUUUUAAAGAUGCUAGUUAUUAGUAGAUAUUUAUGUGCUUCACACAGUAUGUAGAAAAUUGUUCAUAUGUUCUUACUUGUAUUGAAAUGUACUUGUUCUGUACAUAGUUUCAGUGUUUUUUUUUUUUUCUUCUUCAAAGGAUAUUAAUGAAAAUAUCUCAAAAAAAUGGAACAUAGUAUGACAGUUUACAGCCAUGAAUAAAGUUUUAUGUUGUCAUGGUGAAACAUAAUGCUCUUGGACUGAGAAGUAGACAACUUACACCUCAGUUAAAGUAGUGACUGCAAUAAAUCAGUGUUUGCAA